UCUAUCUUUUGUUGACAUGCUAAUAUGCUUCACUCUUCACUUUCUGAACAUUAUAAAUACAUGAAAUUUCCUCUAACAUUAAAAUGUUACAAUGAUACAUCAAGUACUUGUCGAAUCUAUCAGAAAAAAUUUUUUUGCCCCGGCAAAUUACACAGGAAGCACCUGCACAAAGAGAACCUAAAUGUUGCAAUUCACAGCUUGGCAUGAGAAAUUCAAUUUGUUGCUGGUCUUUGUUUUUUUAGCUUUUGGCGAUGCAGCAGUGAAUCACACUACAACUUUAUUUGUCAAUCAUGGACAGCCUGCCAUAAUCAGAUGCAACUACAGCCGAACAAAUGACACAGAAAGCAUGACAGCAGUUCUGCAAACAUUAAAUCUUGCACUGUGUUCAUAUUACUUCUAUGACAAUACAUGGAAAAAACUAGGUUGUAAAGAUCCUGUCAGAUUCACAUGGAUUCCAGAGACUAAGGAAAUAACAUUUGAACUCUUAAAUCUCCAAAUUCAGGAUACCGGCACAUACACCUGUACUGUGAAGAGGAUUGUAAAACCACCUCAAGUGGAUCUCGGAGUUCAAAGAGUUCAAGUUAUUGUGCGUCCCAUCUUGUCGCUGUCCUGUGUGAAGAGGCCUGAUGGAUCUCCCAUGAUUCUGUGCUCUGUGGAAUUUUACCCUGAGUCUCUUAAACAGUUGUGGAUCAGAGAUGGAGACGUCCUCAACAGCUCAUACUCAAACAAAUCAUUCAAUGGAUCCUUCAGUCAGCAAUCAUACCUUAAAUUGCCACCACAAACCUUCAAUGAGACAAUCUACUCCUGCUGGGUAAACCACCCGUCCUUAGACAAACCACUCAUGGCCAAUUUAUCGAGCUCUGUCUGCUAUGAAAGUGAGGGUGUAACUGUGAUUGUGACAGUAGUGUUUGUCAUGUUGACAGUGGCGUUGACUGUCUUUUUGAUCACUGUAGACAUAUGCAAACAUUACAGAAGAACACAUCAGCAGUCUGUGUCUCCUGUAGGAGUGAGUGUCACACCUGAGCCUGUCCUCCAUGAUCCCCUGCAGUCUGAGAUACUGUACUCAACACUGGGUGACCAUCAUCCAGUCCCUUGCGGCCCUGCUGUUGUCCGCUUAUUUGCAUAAUAAACACUGAAUGAGCAAAUCUUACAAUGUUAGAUUUGUGUAUAUCUCAUUGGUAUCACAGUGGUACAACAACAGUUAGUUAUGGGGCUGGUUGCAUAAACUGCUGAGACUAGUCUCAAAGGGCACCUAUUAUGCAAAAUCCACUUUUACAUGG